AUGCUGCUAAAUGUUGGGAUGUCAGAAUGCAAGGGCAUGGAUUCACCUAUGGAUGAUAAAAUCAAACUACUAUCAACUCAUGGGGAGUUACUGGAGGAUACUGAAGAAUACAUGCGACUUGUAUGGAAACUAAACUACCUAACGGUCAUGAGACUGGAUAUUGCAUAUUCUGUUAGUGUAGUCAGUCAAUUUCUCUCGGCACCUAGUAAAUCUCAUGUGGAAGUUGUGAAGAGGAUUCUUUGGUAUCUCAAGAAAACUCCAGGAAAAGGAGUAAUCUAUUCAAAUAGCAAUCACACAAGAAUUGCAGGAUUCUUAGAUGCAAAUUGGGUAGGAUCUCAUAAGGAUAGAUGGUCAAUUAUUGGGUAUUGUAUGUUUCUUGGAGGGAAUCUCAUAUCAUGGAAGAGUAAAAAACAAAGUGUAGUCUCUCGAUCUACAACUGAGUUUGAGUAUCGAGCCAUGGCGAAUUUGAUUUGCGAGCUGAUCCGGGUUAGUGAUAUACUAACAGAGAUUGGUUAUCCUUUGGAGUGUCCCAUGAGCUUGUAUGGAGAUAACAAGGCCACCAUUUACAUAGCUGCAAAACCGGUGUUUCAUGAGAGGACAAAACACAAAUAG